CGCCGGCUGCCUGGUCCCCGCCGCAGCCGGCGAGGAGCGUUUGCGCGGCGGGAGCCGGGGCAGCGGCUCGGGCGGCUCCUGCGAGCGCCGCGGUGGAGGCGGGUGCCCGGAGCGCCUGGAUGCCGCAUGGAGUAGAUGAGCGGCGGCCGCGGGAGCGCACGGGGGCUGCGGGGCGCUCGGCGAGCGGGACGCGCGGCGGCGGGCGGGCGGCUGCCGUCCUCGCCCGGGGCUGAAGAUGGAUGCCCGAGCCCUCGGGGUUUUCACGCUGCUGCUCUUCAGUUUCGGGCACCUGGGAUUAACCGCGACGAAUUAUAAUUGUGAUACUGCGCUGGUAUCUACCUUACCUUCAACAGCCUUUACCAGUUCCUCUGAGCUCUUCAGUACUCACAGUCCCAGCUUUGCCAGGCUCAACAGACGAGAGGGAGCUGGUGGCUGGUCUCCACUUGGCUCAAAUGAGCAGGAGUGGCUCCAGAUUGAUCUAGGAGACAGAGUGGAGAUUGUUGCAGUUGCUACCCAAGGAAGGUACGGGAGCUCGGACUGGGUAACCAGCUAUAUGCUGAUGUUCAGUGACACUGGCCGCAACUGGAAACAGUACAGACAAGAUGACACCAUCUGGGUGUUCACGGGGAACAGCAAUGCGGACGGCGUGGUUCACCACAAGUUCCUGCACUCGGUGAAAGCCCGCUUCGUGCGCUUUGUCCCACUGAAGUGGAGCCUCAACGGACGGAUAGGCCUGAGAGUUGAGGUCUUCGGCUGCUCCUAUAAAUCAGAUAUAGCAGACUUCGACGGCAGAAGUUCCCUCCUGUACAGGUUCAAUCAGAAACUUAUGAGCACAUUCAAAGAUGUGGUUUCUUUGAAGUUCAAGAGCAUGCAGGGGGAUGGAGUCUUAUUCCAUGGAGAAGGACAGCGUGGAGACUACAUUACCCUGGAACUGCAGGAAGGGAAACUCUCCUUGCACAUCAACUUGGGGGAUUCCAACCUGCAUUUCAGCAACAGCCACAUGUCCGUCACCCUGGGCAGCCUCCUGGAUGAUCAGCACUGGCACUCGGUUCUCAUCGAGCGCUUCAACAAGCAAGUGAACUUCACGGUGGACAAGCACACCCAGCAUUUCCGAACAAAGGGGGAUUCAGAUCACUUGGAUAUUGAUUACGAGCUCAGCUUCGGAGGGAUUCCAGUCCCAGGGAAACCAGGAACCUUUCAGAGGAAAAAUUUCCAUGGGUGCAUUGAGAACCUUUAUUACAACGGAGUCAAUAUAAUUGACCUGGCAAAAAGGCGCAAACCUCAGAUCUAUACAGUGGGGAACGUGACCUUUUCCUGCUCAGAACCACAAAUUGUUCCUAUCACCUUUGUCAGCGCCAGUAGAAGCUAUUUGCUGCUACCUGGCACUCCCCAAAUUGAUGGACUGUCUGUCAGUUUCCAGUUUCGAACGUGGAAUAAAGAUGGCUUGCUCCUGUCCACUGAGCUGUCCGAAAAUUCGGGACUUAUCCUGGUUUACCUCCAUGGUGGGAGAUUGACACUACUUAUUCAGAAAGUGACCGAGAAGCCAGUGGAAAUCAGUGCAGGCACAAAUCUCCACGAUGGGCUAUGGCAUUCAGUUAACAUUAAUGCCAGAAGACAUCGCAUUACCCUGACCCUGGAUAACAACUCUGCCACAGCUGCCCAUGCAACCACUGUCUCAAGGAUCUAUUCUGGGAACAGCUACUAUUUUGGAGGGUGCCCUGACAAUUUCACCGAUUCCCGAUGUUUGAAUCCUGUUGCUGCUUUUCAAGGCUGCAUGAGGCUCAUCUUUAUCGAUAACCAGCCCAAGGACCUUGUUUUGGUUCAGCAAGGUUCUCUGGGGAAUUUUAGUGAUUUACACAUUGAUCUGUGUGGCAUCAAAGACAGAUGUUUGCCCAGCUACUGUGAACAUGGAGGAAGAUGUUCUCAGUCCUGGACUACCUUUUACUGUGAUUGUAAUGAUACAGGUUACAUGGGAGCUACCUGUCAUAACUCUAUCUACGAACAGUCGUGUGAAGCUUAUCGACACCAAGGGAAGUCAUCAGGUUUCUUCUACAUUGAUUCAGAUGGAAGUGGACCGCUUGGACCACUCCACGUUUUUUGCAAUAUAACAGAAGAUAAGAUCUGGACUGCAGUGCAGCACAACAACACAGAGCUAACCAGAGUCCACGGAGCUGAUCCAGAGAAACCGUAUACCAUGUCCUUUAACUACAAUAGCAGCACGGAGCAGCUUGAAGCCAUGAUAAACAGUGCAGAGUACUGUGAGCAAGAGGCAGCUUACCACUGCAAAAAGUCACGUCUCCUGAACACCCCGAAUGGAAUACCAUUUGCUUGGUGGGUUGGCCGUGCCAAUGAAAAGCAUCUUUACUGGGGAGGAUCUCUUCCGGGCAUUCAACAGUGUGCAUGUGGACUGGAAGAAAGUUGUCUGGAUAUGAGAUAUUUUUGCAACUGUGACGCAGAUAGAGAAGAAUGGACAAAUGAUACUGGCCUCCUUGCUUUCAAAGACCAUUUGCCUGUAACUCAGAUAGUGAUCACUGACACGAACAGAUCAAAUUCUGAGGCUGCUUGGAAAAUCGGCCCUUUGCGUUGCUAUGGAGACAGGCAGUUCUGGAACGCCGCGUCCUUCAACACCGAGGCCUCCUACCUCCACUUCCCCACCUUCCACGCUGAGUUCAGCGCAGACAUCUCCUUCUUCUUUAAAACCACCGCCCUGGCUGGCGUCUUCUUGGAAAACCUGGGGAUUAAAGACUUCAUACGUGUUGAAAUAAGCUCCCCCAAGGAGAUCACCUUUUCCAUAGACGUUGGAAAUGGUCCCAUGGAAGCCACAGUGCAGUCUCCCACACCCCUGAAUGACAACCACUGGCACUACGUUCGAGCGGAGAGGAACCUCAAGCAAACCUCUCUUCAAGUGGACAGCCUCCCCAAGAAGGUCUUGGAGGCACCUGCAGAGGGCCACUUCCGUUUGCAGCUGAACAGCCAAUUAUUUGUAGGAGGAACUGCUUCCAGACAAAAGGGGUUUUUGGGAUGCAUACGAUCUCUGCAUUUAAACGGGCAAAAACUUGACCUUGAAGAGAGAGCUAAAAUGACCCCUGGUGUUAAACCUGGAUGUCCAGGGCAUUGCAGCAGUUAUGGUAGCCUGUGCCAUAAUGGAGGAAAAUGUGUGGAGAAGUAUAAUGGUUAUUCUUGUGACUGUACCAACUCAGCCUAUGAAGGACCUUUCUGCAAGGAAGAGGUUUCUGCAUUAUUUGAAGCUGGCACUUCCAUUACCUAUCUUUUCCAAGAACCUUAUCCUGUCACAAAAAAUGCAAGUACUUCAAGCUCUGCCAUUUAUGCGGAUGCUGUCAUGUCCAAGGAAAACAUUGCAUUUAGCUUCCUCACAGCACAUGCUCCGAGUCUUCUGCUGUACGUCAACACCUACUUUCAUGAAUAUUUGGCUGUGAUUCUCUCCAAGAAUGGAAGUUUACAGGUCCGAUACAAGCUGAGUAAGGAUGGACUCCUCAUUUUCACCAUUGACUCUGGAAACUUUGCCAACCGAGAGCUGCACCAUGUGAAGAUUAACAGAGAAGGCAGAGAGCUCGUCAUUGAGGUUGAUCAAGUUCUCAAACUCAAGCACAACUUUUCUGAGACUGAUUUUAAGGCCAUCAAAUCACUCACCUUGGGCAAGGUCACAGAUAGUUUGUCCCUGGACCCCGAAGUCUCAAAGGCAAAUGCCUAUGGCUUCACUGGCUGCCUGUCCUCUGUUCAGUACAAUCACAUUGCUCCGCUGAAAGCUGCCUUGCGCCAUCCCAGCGUUGCGCCCGUGACUGUCAAAGGCUCCCUGACUGAGUCAAGCUGUGCAUCCAUAGUGGAAGCUGAUGUGAACACCGUAACCACAAUAUAUUCCUCAUCAGAUCCUUUUGGGAAGACAGAUGAAAGGGAGCCUCUCACCAAUGCAGUCAGAAGUGAUUCAGCUGUGAUUGGAGGUGUAAUAGCAGUUGUGAUAUUUAUCAUCUUUUGCAUCAUUGCCAUCAUGACCAGAUUCCUCUAUCAGCACAAACAGGCACAUCGAAGUAGCCAGACAAAGGAGAAGGAAUACCCAGAAAACCUCGAGAGCUCCUUUAAAGCUGACAUUGACUUGCAGAACACAGUGAGCGAAUGCAAACGGGAAUAUUUCAUUUGAUGGACAAUGCAGUUUCUUCUUACUCUUUCUCCCCUACCUUUCCUUCCUCCCUUCCUUCCUUCCCUUCCUUUUGUUUCCCUUCCUUUUUUAUUUUCUUUUUUUAAAGCCAUUCAUUUUAUGCUAAAUUUUUUUUCAUUUGGAGAAAGACCGCCCUGCACAGGAAACACUGACAACAGUCACAGUGCCUCAUUCUCUGCACAAAAACCUGUCACAGUUUACUUCUGCAGCUCAAGAGACCAGUUAUCCCACCCUACACCAAAUAAGAUCCACAUACACACCUGGUUUCUUCUGUAAAUUCCUUGAUGUUUCAAGUCCCUACUUCCCCCCCCCCCCCCGAGCAUUUAAUUCAUCGCUUUUACAUUAGAGCUGGACUGUAUAAAAUAGAGAUAGAGUAGCUGAAUACAUAGCUCUACAGAUACUGGGACAGGGCAGAGGGAAAGAAUGAGACCAGAAUAUAUUUUACAGGCUCAUUUACAGCAAUCAUAAGGAACCCGCCAAAUUCUCAAAUGAUAUGAAUUGAUAUAUAUCCAUUGACUUCAUGGUGUUACAUUAAUUUAUACCAACUGAGAAGCUGGUAUGAGGUAAGGAAAAAAACAGUCAUUCUCAUUAGGAUCCUUCCCCCACUCUCCUGUCCUUUUACUGUAACUUUUAGACUUACCAAUAUUUUUCCAACAGGAUAUUUAUCAACAACAAAAUGUCAUUCCUGUGCUCCUCUUUCACCUCCAUCUCAUAAGGCUGGCUAUGUAGAGCAUAACUCUAGCAUAACUGUAGCUGAAGCAUGGAAAAUAGUAGCUUGAAUCUCCAAGGGUUUUAGGAAGCUGCUAGGACUUAGGUGCUCUAUAUUUGUCUGAAAUGUUAGAAAUACAGCAUAUAUCCAUUCAUGUCAUAUGGAGGAUUAUCAUGCACUAGGUUAAACACUUUUACCACUGUGACAAUGAAAAAAACAUACAGACAAGAAAAACAGUUUCAACUUAAACACCCCUUCUGCCAGUUCUUAUGAAAAAGAAAGAAAAAAUCCAACUGCCCCAAAAAACCUGCAUAAAAGAUGGAGUGAUAUUUCCUGUUUCUAGAAAUUGGAAUAUCCAAAGCUAAAUAUAGAGAGGUCUAAUGUGACAUCUAAAAAGGUUAAUAUUUAAUCAACCAAGAACAUUAAGGAAACAUGUAAAAAAAAAAACAAACCUUCACACACUCUACUUUUAAUUAAUCUUCUCUCCUGUCUCUCCAAAGUCUUCUGUCCUUUCCUGUUUGGGAACCAAUACUAAAGACCUGAAUCCUGCCUAUUUUACUUGCACUGCAUGAUUGCAGAGUAAGGCUGAAAAAAUCUUCCUUUCAUUCACACACAAUCGUAAGACAAGAAAUUGGUAAGACCCUCAAGAGUGAGGUUUAUCACACCCUACCUGUAUUUGUAUGACAUACUCCCUUCACAAGGCUGUUGAAGAGUACUUAGAAUUUGCUGUCAGGCUUGCAGGUUUCUUUUUGGAGUUGAAUCAUAUACACUAACAACUAAGAAAAAAAAAGUUUCCUAUUGUUCACAGUACUCUUUGGAUGAGAAUUAAUGCAAGAGAAUUAACUGUACAACUGAAUCUCUUUUUUUGCCACCCACACCAUUCUGGAGUCAUCCCGGGGUCUGCACAUGCUGAUUCUUUUUACUUAGAUUAAAAUCAAAGAAUCACAGUAUGAGGUAAUAAUCAACAGCCAGCUAUAGAUGAGAAUACACGUGCAGCAGGUACUGGUUUUCCAGGACAUGCAUUAAUCACAAAGGUGUGUAACUGGUUAUUUUUUGAUGGGAAGGAGGGAUAGACAAGGAAAAAUAAACAAAUGACAGUUUGGAAAUGGUGAUUCUUUAACACUUCCGUUAGCAGACAUGAGAGAAAUAGAGCCUGGUAAAGCAUAUAAAGCAAUCUGGAAAUUAUAUCACUCUUAGUAUGAGGAGGAAUAUAUACCAGUGAGGCCAGCCCAAUAUCCAUCAGCCUAACCAAGCCAUGGCCCUUCUGCCACAUUCCUACAUGAUACAUGAUUAUUUGAGUGUUUCUGCAUGAUGAGAUGUGUAACGAUGGGCUCAUUAGCUGCAUUCCUUUUACGUUGCUUUGUCUUUUGCAGUGAGAUCCUGGCACAGCAAUUCUCCUCUCUCCCUCUUCCCUUGCCCCAGAUAAAGCUGCCUUGUUUUGCUUGGUGGGGAGGGGAGGAAUAAGUAAGUACAUGGGCUCCUUCCUGUGCCCGUGUUUGAGUCAUUUUACUCGAAACAGCUUCUGUAUGAGGCAGCCUUGAAGCCCUAAUGUACUUAAUAGGCCUGAUGAAAAAUGGAAUAGGAAGGAGGUGAAAACCCACAUUUUAUACAGCUGUGUUUUUCUUCCCCCAAUGUUGUCGUGUAUUAUUCUCUGGCCAAACCGUCAGAUACAAAUCAUCCUUCUACUUUGCUGCAUAUUAGUUUCUCAGAACAAAGUACUAUGAAGUGCAACUAUAAAGCCUAAAGCAGCCCCAGUGAUGGAGAUGCUGGAAAAGGGAGAUUGAGCAAUGAAGCAGAGUCCUCUCAUGUGUCCAGGGACUAAAUUGCUUUCUGCCAUUCUAGGACCUGAGUGUGCAAGAUGCUGAGCUUUCUGUGGGAGGAUCAGGUUGCCAUCACCGAAUGUAGGUAUCAGAGCAUUGCUGCAGACAUUUCAGGUACAUCUUUGUCGAAACAUCACGUUGAGACAUAGUUGAGCACACUCAUUCACGUAGAGGUGAUGUUGUUUCCUAGGUAACUAACUUUAGGUCUUUGAUCUGAUCUAGACUUCUAGAUGGACUUAGGACCAACGUAUCCAAAACGUUUUAGAAUGUUUGAGGCUCUAAUGAAAACAGCCACUGGUUAAGGUGAUUUGAAAGUCAGCUCAAGUUGCUGAUGGUCCACAUCAGGAAGAAAGAACAGCUCAGGGUAUUCCUGGGACUCUGCAUCCUGCAUCCAUCAACAUUUUCUCUCAAAAUCCUCAUGACAAGAUAUAACUGCUCAUUCACAUGCAAACCUAUAAUGCAAAAACAGUGAAGAAGAAUCAGCCUAGCAGUCAGUGACUCAAUCCUGAGCUAGACAGAAAGUGUAAGUAGCAUGUAACAUAGCCCUGACCUGCCAAAACAGUGUAAGUUGUUUUAUUUAUGUAUUUUUCUUUGUCUUCACUAAACAUAGUCCAGACUGGUAAAACUUCUUGAAAAUCCAGCUAUCUUGGUGCACAUCUGUAAAAAGAAAAAAACUACACAUACAUAAAUGCAUGCAUUAGUAUACAGAAGCACAUGCAUCUCUACCUAUGGAUAUAAUGAGAUGUGACUAAAUAUAACCUACGUAGUUGGUCAAAUGGACACAUUUAUAUGGAUGUGCCAUUUAAAAUCCUAUCUUCUAAAUCAAGAUGUUAUAUUCUUCUAAUUAAAAAGCAGCAAAAAGCAGCAAAUAAGCUGCCUAGGAAGCAGAAUACAAUGGAUUAACUAUAUAAAGCAAACCCUAAUACUAGCUCCAUUUUUUUUUUCUUUUUUCUUUUUUUGGUUACAAAAAUGCCUUAGUGAAGGCAUUAUCUGGUUUACUUUGGUACCUGUUGAAGGUAAUUAAAAAUAGAUUUUUUUUUAAAGAGAGAAGAGAUGCAGUUUUGCAAAAUCUUCCAAUGUUAAUAUUACUUUUAUUUUCCACAAUUUAAACUAGACAUAUUUUUCCAUCUAUUGCAAACCACUUAUAAUAUUUUUAUUAAAAUUGAUCUUUAAAUGGGGGGGGAGUGUUCUCUGCUUUCUUUUUCUUUUAGCUCUCAUUUUAGAAAACAUUUUUCAGUAAACAUGGGGAAUAAUAAUUUUAAUAUAUACAUACAUCUCAGGUUUUUUUAAAUGGAAAACCUGAGUAUAUCAAAGACUUGUUUGGAGGCUUUUUCGUUUCCUUCUCCCAAGAAAAGUUUCAUUAAAAAAAGGAGGCUGGUAGAAAGAUACCAAGUCUUUCCUUCUCCUGGUGAUGUGAUAUGAAUUCUCUGAAUGUUAUUAUUGCUAGGCAGGGAUUUGUAGGUUAUCCAUUUUUUUAGACACUUAGAUAUGGAUUUAGACACUGCAAAUUCCCAUUAUCCAAAAAAGGUUUAGCCAUUAAAGGGCACACUUAUAUUUAGUCAUGCAAAGUUUGAGUUGUGUGCCUGGAAGGACUGAGUAUCUUGAUGUCUGGCUUCUAUAGAAAACAAAUGAAGGCUGCCCAUCAGAAACCUAUAUCCUACUGACCUUCAAGGAGAGGCUGCCACAUGACUAGUGUCUGGGCUUUCAAAGGAAUUUAAUCUCCUGAGGAUAUGAAUCAAUGUUGAAGUGGCUAAACAAGAUGAGCACUUGUUUCAAAUUAGUUACAAUUGGAGUUUGGCUUCUGCAUCACUGUGAAAUGUGUUAGGAUCCUACAAGGUGCCUAAAUACCUUUGGGAAUCGAGUCCCACGUCUCUCUUGAAAAUAAGACAUUGAUCCUAAGUCACCUAUGUAAUUUACAGUAUUUCAGCUGUCCUUAUUUACUUACUGGAGUGAAGGUAGUGUGAGUGUUUUGAGUAAAUUUUUAACACGUACACUUUUUUCUUUCUUUUCUUGUUCUUGCUGUGGUACAGCACUUACAGUAUGUCCACAAUGAAUACAAAGCCAAACAAAAGGCAGGUUCUUAAUUCAUGUUGGCUAUACCAGGAUUCUCAUCUGGGCAAAAGUAACUGUGAAAACAAGCCAUGUAGAGCCUUACUUUAUAAGAUUGUUUUCAAUCUUGAGAUUCCCCUGUCAUUUUAUUUACUACUGGCCAAAAUUCAAACAUGAGAUGCUUUGUCUCUGUUUUACUUUAACCUGAUCUAGCCAGAAUUAAUCAUAGAGAGGCAUCCUUCUCUCCAUUGAUCAUAGAGACAGGAUAGACACCUAGUGAUAGAUGGAUUAUUUAGAGCACGGUCUGCCUAAAUGGAAGCAUCUUACACUACUCAUGUAGCUCCAGCAGGCACAUCUGCACAGGGCUUACAGGAGACCUCUUCCUUUAUGAAGUGCUGUCUGGGAUCGGGACAGGAAAUGUUUCUGCAUCUAGCAUUACUAUAGGCAUCUCUGCUUAGGAAAUUUGUGUCUACUUUUAGGUGGAUAUAUGAAAAUUAGGUUACCAAUCACCCAUUUGAGUCAGUGGACGUCUGGGAGGUAAUUUGUGGAUCUUAGAGAGGAGAGAUAUUCAUUUAUUUUAGAGUGAGAUGACUCAUUCUCCAGGAGCCUUUCAUUGACUAAUAGUGGACAGAUAUAUGUAGAUUUCAUAAUUUAAAACUAAAUCAGACCCAUAAGACACCUUUCCACCUCUAGGUGUCUGGUGCCAUUUGAGAUGAAUCUCUGCAGGUCCAGUAAGGGUGCAAGUCUCCUGCCUGUCGUGUCUCAUAUCUGCUAGCUCCAAGCAGAUAUGUCUGAUAUCUGUCAGCAUUUACAGUAAACACCUUUCCAGAAGCCUUAACUUCUAAAUGAGAUGAAUCCUUGAAAAAUCUCAUCUUCAGAACAAAAUCAGCCUUCCCUUUGAUCAGUGUAAACCAAUGGUAAAUGAGCUGAAGUGAGUCCUUCACCCUGGAUUAAGAGAGAAUAACAGGAGGCAGGAUUUGACCACUUUGUACUCCACCAUCUCAUGCCAUUGUUGUGUGUUGUCUUCACCUACACAAAGCUUACACUGAAGAACAGUUUCAAGUAUUGUUCUGUACUGCCAGCUUUUCACAGACACAAGAGGUCUUUUUUGUUUUUUUGUCAGAAAACAACACUUUGUAAAAGACUUGAGCAAAAGCUGAGACCUCGCGAGGCUCUCUAAAACAAGUGCUUUUUCAAAGCUUUCACGCAGUUUUUCAAUACCUUCUUAUCAAGCAAGCAAAGCAAUACAGUUACUUUCCUGCCAAACCAUGGGCCUUAUCCCACUUCUUUUGAGGUUGGUGGGAGAUCUCUUGGUUAACUACAGUUAGAGUUGCGCUGUGCCCUUUGGAGUUUUUUGUUUUCAGUAAUAUCACAGCCACACAGCUUCAAAGCGGGAUCUGCUUCUUUCAGUUCUGAACUUUGCUGUGCUUCCUUUUUUAAUGAAAAGUUUUCCACAUCCCCUUUCGGUGUGGGCGGCCCCCUCCUCUGUGCUCCUUUUGUACAUGAAACUUCUAAACACGCUCUUCUUUUGGGUCUGAAAUAGCAUUUUUCUUUGUUGUUUAUUUUGAGCCAUGCCUGUAGCAGUUUGGAUAUUUCUAUGUAUUGGUACUUAUUUUUGUGAUCUUUUGCACUAAGUUACUCUGACGAAAACAAAAAAUGGGGAAAAAAAGCACACUUUCUGGUGAACUAUUGUAAUUUGUAAGCUUGUCAUUUGUUGUUGUUAUGUACUGAGUCUACAAGCCAAGCUAAAGAAGGAUUAAGGCAACAAUUGGUGUUGACAUUGUCACUCAUAUCUAGUUCACCUCUAUUUUCUUUUUCUUUCCUUUUUUCUUUAGCAUGUGGGAAUAUUGAAUUGGUGGUAGGAGACAGAGGAACUUGUGGCAUGAUUCUUACUAAGGUUAUGGUUUUUCUCCUGGCAGUCACAGAAACCAGAAAUUUGAAGAAAUUACAUGAUUCUCAAAAUAUCAGCCUCUUGUUCAGUCAGAAGGGAAACUGCAGUCCAUUGUAGAGAUGUCUCCUAGGGAUGGAGACCUGUAGGGGAGAGUGGGGACAUGAACUCUCCAAAUUACAAUUCUGAUGUGGCAGUGCAGUGCAGGAGGGAAAUACACUCAGUAAGGUUAUGGUUCAGCUGUUGGAAACUCUAACCUUCACAUGGAUGCAAGGGUUUCAAAUCUUUUUCCACUAUUCUGUUUUGCCAUGAAACUGAUCAAUAGUUAGCCUGCAAAAACUAAGUGUUAAUUCUCCAGGUGACCCACAAAGUAUCAGAGGUGUGCUUCAAACACGGAAGAGGAUUUCAAAUAUCUGGCUGAUACUAAUCAGAAUCUCUCCACUGAAGUAACUGAUUACCUCAAAGAAGAAUUUGGGACGAUGUCCCUCAAAACAAUCUUACUGUUUAAUCAAAUGUUGAGUACAACAGGUGGUCUAAAGAAUGGCAUUUACUUAGAGACGCUCCUCCCACUAUUCUCUCACUUACUUAAGGUGCUUGUGGCAGCCUUUCUCUAGAUCUACUGCUAUUCACAUCCCAAUGCCAUUUGCUUCUUGGUGUGCUGGUCAUAACCCUUUUUGUGGAGUUCAGUUGCACAACCCUAAAGAGAGUCCAUCUGAUACAACUUCUGCAUGGGAAAUUAUUUACUCACUUUUGCAUGCCAAGGCCCUUUACACUUUCUUCUUGCAUCAUUUAGGCAAAUCAUUUUCUGACGUGCUCUGUCAUUGCUGCCAGUGCUGAGCAUAUCUAUCAUUUAAGAAAAAACUUACCACUUCUGAGGUAAAGCUUAGACACAGCCAGUCGCAGCCUCACAUCCAGCUCACGGAACAGAGGAGUAUGCAGACACCUAAACCCACUCCAUGAACCUUCAGACAGAGGGUAGAAGAGCAAGCAGGUAUGUUUAUUCAGGCAUCCAGCCAUAAAAAUUUCUGCUCUGUGAGUUUUGCAAAUGAAAUCUUUAACAUAGUCUGUUUUUACAUGAUAGCAAGAGGCUAGACAUCCUAAUACAUGACCUGCCUUGAAACCCACUUUGUGAAACAAGCAGAGCCAGCUUCAGACCUGGCUGUAAUCCUGUUGAGGUCAAUGUAGAUACAUCACAGAUGAAUUUAGCCUCAGACUGCCCUAGGCAAGGCCAGUGAUGAUCUUCUGCAAACUGAGCCUGACAUAUAUGAAUUCAAGUCAGGACCUUAUAUUCGUCAUCCCCUACUGCUGUCAAGAAGAGUUGCAUUCACUGCAAUUAUGUGUGUCUUCUAGCAAAACUGUGGAUAAAAUUCAGGAUAAGGCAAUGAACUUCAGCCCCAUGUAAGUCUGUGACAUGGCUUAAGUCACCUUCAGGACUUUCUGGAAAUGUGUGUAGGGGGAAGGGUGGUCUGUUACCAACAAACCUAGGAGCCCACCCACUGAUUUUAAGAGGAUUUUAUGGGUUUUUAAUGGAACCCAACUCUGGGUGGACUGUGGUGAAAUGUAUCCUUUUUGAAAAUUGAAGGCACCCUAAUAGGAAGAAAAAAAUAAAAGAGCAGCCAUACAAGCUGAAAACUGAGAUUAAUAGUUUAAAAAAGAUUGGCCCUUUCUAGAAAAGGACCCUUCAUCAUUCGUUUUACUUUGUUCUACUCAAAUUAUAUUAUGUAAAUCUCUCAGAACACUUCAUUUCAAUAGCAAAGCAAAAAAAAAAAACUUUUUCUUUUCUUGUAAUAGUCUGUCCAAGGGUAAUGCAAGAGUCUCUCAGUUACAGUAAAAAGCAAAAUGGAGAUUUAGAUUAUUCCCCUUUCACUAUCUGGUUUUCUAAAGAGAAUUCCACAGGACGUUGCCUCAGUCCAAGUCAGUUUUGUAGACAAUGUAACAUGUCUUAAUACACUGUAUGGGGACUGGGAAAAAAAUUAGCCUUAGCUUCUUUUGUUUUCUAUGGUUACUGUUGUACAGAAGAAAGACUUAAACUGUAAAUAAUGUAUAUUUAAUAAAAAGAGACUUUUGUAUGA